UCUGGAUGCCUUUCCCCAAGCCGUGGACUGAUCCAGCGCAUGUGGGCGAUUUCUUUAACUUUCUCCCCUUCGGUCUUUCAUCUUCGGGUUGCACGAUGCACGGGAGAGAGCGGGGCUGAAUAUUUCGCACCCAGGGCGGGCGAGCAGCGGACUGUAAUUUUCUUGCAUGCAACAAGACGGAGGAAAAGAAAGAGAGAGGGGAGGAAAAAAAAAAAAAAAGCUCCCGAUACCCAAUCAAUGGCAAGGCGAAGUGAUUGCCUUGCCUCUCGGAUUCCUCUCGGCAGCGUGGAAAACGAGCCCCGGGAAGGCAACUUCAACUCAUCCACCACUCCGUGCAGAGCACUCCGGUUCCCACGAGUCGGCCGAUCCCGGGUUCAGCCGGCUAGUGCAUCCUGCAGCUGGGGCGCCGUAACCUCACAAAUCCCUGCAUCUCUCUUUAUUCCCUUCUGCAGCGGCUCCAAGACUCCGGCGGUGUUUACUCCUGCGCUCGCGGGGCCGGCCCCCGGGGCGCGCGGCGGCCCGGGCUGGAGGCGGCAGCGGCUGCGGCAGCGCUGGGUGGCGGCGGCGGCGGCGCCUCCUCCCCGCGGGCAGUGCCGGCCCCGAGCGGCGCUUCGCAGGCCCCCGCGCGAUCGCUGCCGACCGCCGCGUUCGGUCGCCGAAUGUUACCCGGUUCUGAAUGUUACACUUACACAUUCCAUUCCCGACACGACAGCGCUGACCUCAUCCAUCCACGCAGCCCGCGCUGCCAUUGGCCGAGCGUCACGUCCGGGGGGGGCGGUGCUUCCGCUGCGCCCAUUCAUAACCCCCGGCCGCGGGCUGAGGCGCCGGCGCGGCGUCGGGGGCGCGGGGGACGCGGGGGACGCGGGGAGCCGGGGCUUACCGGGCUGCGAGCGGCUGGCGGGCGGGCUGGUGGAGCGCGGGGCGGCCCGGGGCGAGUCCCGUGGCCCCGCGGCGCGCCCAGGCCAGGAUGUCGGUCUGCGCCGUGCCGGGGACCGGAGGCGCCUGCGGAAACGAGGCGGCCCGGGAAGGAGGAACCGGCGGGGGCCCCGUGCUUCGCGGCCCCGGGCGCCUUGGAGAAUCCGGUCUCCUGGGCUGCCUGCCGGAACGCCUAGAGAAGGAUGCUUUGAAAGUGCGAAGCAGGGAGGAAAGAAAGACUUGGUAGAAAGCGACUGCCGAUCCGAAAGCUGCCUCUCCCAACCCUCCUUCCACUCUCCGAGACCCAGUGUUUCAGUUUUCUGCUAA